AUGGCAAAAAAUAAACUAGCCUGUUUAUUAAUAAUUGCUUCCAUAACGCAGUUAGCAAUGGCAGCGAUCGCGAGCAGCCGACAAAAUCAAAUGGCAUCCAUACUCCGAAACAUUCUAUCACCGACCAGCGCUAAUAAAGCGAUGGAAAUGCUACAAAUAGCCGCUAUUGGAAAGCCAGAAAUAGCCGUGCCAAAGGCAAUACAACAGUUGCCAAUGAGAUCACUAGCUGACUUAAAACUACAACCCCGUCCAAUUAUCGGUCAGCAAAUUAUAGAAGUACCAGCGAUACAAGAAAUAGCAGUGCCAAUGCCAAUGGCGCCGUGUGUUUCGCCAGUACCCGAAGUUUUUUCUGUACCCUGUUCGCAACCUGUAGUUCCAAAUAAAGUAUACCCUUAUCCGUACUCUGCCCCUUGUGCAUACCCAGCUCCGGCGCCAAUUGUUAAUCCGUUCUUGCCAGCGGCGUCGCCUGUUUCAGCAAUGGCACCGCCAACCUCGAAUAUGUUACCGCCAGUUAACCCUACGCAAGUACGGAGUCAUUUCUUAAGGAAAAUACCUAUUCCACCGCCAUCGUUGUAG